GGAGUUAGUCUUCUAAGCACAGUACGGUAUGCCAUUUGACAUGGACAUACAGAAAUGUGCCCAACUGGGACACAGGCGCCCAGGCCUACCUCCACACUGUGCCCCAUGAAUGCAAGUGCCUGGGUUCCGUGGCCAGCUGUGUUUCUUUGUCCCUGCCUGAGACCGGCUGCCGCCUUUGCCUCCCACCCUGUCUGUGCGGCUGUGCCUUCCCCUGUCUGUGCGUGGGCCUGCCUACCCUGCCUGUGCCUCCCCGGGCCUUCCUGGGGUGGGCGGUUCCGUUUCGAGUGAAUAGCGUCAAGGGACGAAUUCGCUCGAGGUCAUGGGUUCGACCCCCAUACACCCCUCCGAUUUCAAUCGGAAUGAAUAGACUACGGACAUGCAGUGGGCUGGAUGAGUUUAUGCCUUAGUUGAUUUGACUGAAUUCAGUCCGGAAGGUUUGCUGCGGACUCCAAAAAAUUGAGUAGUUCUGGUUGGUCGGGUGAUUGAGCAUGGUCCUAGCACUCGAUGUUAGGAGCAGAACCGGAGGUAAAUGGAGCUCUUACGAGAGCAAGCCUACUACUAGAGUAGGUCGUCGGCGAUGCAGGUGGCACGUCCCUGAGGUCCAGAGCAGAUGUCGCUCGUGACUCGCGUCAGCAAGUCCCUCUUGUAACCAAUGCAAUCU